UCCAUGGCGACAAUUUUGAUCCUAGCAGUGUUGGUUCCCCUGCUCUGCUUCUUCCUAAGAGUUGCCUAUGUAACCAUAUCAUGUUACUGGCUGACUCCAAGAUACAUCAAGAAGAUCAUGGAAAAGCAAGGAGUUUAUGGCCCCAAACCUCAGUUUCUAGUUGGAAAUAUCAUGGACAUGGCUUCUCUGAUCGGAAAUUCAACCUCCAAAGACAUGGAUUGGAUCGACCACAACAUCGUCGGUCGCCUGUUGCCGCAUUAUGUUGCCUGGUCUAAACAAUAUGGGAAACGAUUCAUAUAUUGGGUUGGAAGUGAACCUCGGAUGUGCUUGACAGAGAUUGAUAUGAUCAAAGAGCUUCUAUCCUCUAAAUACUGCCAGGUCUCUGGUAAGUCAUGGAUACAGAGACAGGGGACUAAACAUUUCAUUGGAAAAGGCUUAUUGAUGGCUAAUGGCAAUGACUGGUACCAUCAACGACAUAUCGUUGCUCCUGCAUUCAUGGCUGACAAACUCAAGAGGAAUAUGGGGUACAUGGUGGAAUGCACAAAACAGAUGCUUGAAGCACUAAUGGCUGUCGUCAAAUCAGGAGAAACAGAAGUUGAAAUUGGAGAGUAUAUGACUCACCUCACUGCAGAUAUCAUAUCUCGGACAGAGUUUGAUAGUAGCUAUGAGAUGGGGAAGCAGAUUUUCCAUCUUCUUACUUCUCUGCAACAUCUUUGUGCUCAAUCAAAUCGUUAUGUUUGCCUACCAGGUAGCCAAUUCUUUCCUAGCAAAUUCAAUAAAGAGAUCAAAUCUUUGAAGAUGGAGGUAGAGAAAUUAUUGAUGGAGAUCAUUCAGAGGCGAAAAGAGUGUGUUGAGAUCGGUCGUAGCUCUUCCUAUGGAAAUGAUUUAUUGGGAAUGCUUCUUGAAGAGACCCAGAAGACGAGAGCAAAUGGGUUCAGUUUUACUCUCCAAAUGGUCAUGGACGAAUGCAAGACUUUCUUCUUUGCAGGACAUGAGACCACUGCUCUGCUUCUUACUUGGACUGUCAUGCUCCUGGCAACGAAUCCAUCGUGGCAAGACAAGGUCCGCGAAGAGGUUUUCCAGGUCUGCUAUGGAGAAGAAGCUCCCUCAACUGAUCAAGUCUCUAGGCUGAGUGUGUUGAACAUGGUGAUCAAUGAGUCCCUCAGGUUAUACCCACCGGCUUCCCUUCUCCCUCGAAUGGCCUUUGAGGAUAUCAAAUUGGGUGAACUUCAUAUACCGAAAGGACUUUCGAUUUGGAUUCCUGCACUUGCAAUUCAUCACAAUGAAGAAUUGUGGGGCAAAGAUGUAAAUGAAUUCAACCCGGAGAGAUUUGCAGCCAAGUCAUUUGUGCCAGGGCGGCCUUUCAUGCCUUUCGCAAUGGGGCCUAGGAAUUGUAUUGGCCAGGCUUUCGCAAUGAUGGAAGCUAAGGUCAUAUUAUCAAUGCUGAUAGCGCGAUUUAGCUUCACAAUUUCGAAAAACUAUCGACAUGCACCAAUCAGUGUUCUUACUCUUAAGCCUAAACAUGGGGUUCAAAUCUAUCUGAAGCCUCUAAGUCCAUGAGAACUUCUAUUGAGGUUGAGUUCUGAGGAUGUUCUAGGCUUGUUAACAAUU